AUGUUUAAUGAUGCCACGAUGAAAAUCAAAACAGUUGAAGAAAACAAUAAAGAUUUAAAAAAGAAAGUGGAAAAUUUAGCAUUACCGGAACAAACACGAACUCAAAAAGAAAAAUUAUUGGAAAAACAAAUCCUAAUUCGUGAUUUUUUAAUUCUUGGUCGUGACCGACUCCAUGAUGAAUAUGAUAAUCGUCAAUUACCCGGACGUAAAUUUGGAAUUUAUUAUAAUAAAAGAAUUGACAUUAAAAAAUUGGAAAAUAAAUAUCCACUGAUGUAUGAUGUUCUUAAUAAUGUUGCUAAAGAAUUUGACAUUGAUUCCGAGCAAUUCUUGUUGUUACUUCGUGAAAAACGUAAGGGAAAUGAUUCAGUUCACAUCUAUCAUGAUAUUCAACAUUAUGCUCGAGCCCACAAACUUAAACAAGAUUUUGAUCUUAAUCAAUUUCUUAAACAACAAGCAAUGCACAAAGUCGAUGAUGAAGACUGGUUGGUUUUGCAAAGAAUUUUUUCAACUGUAUGUAAAAUAAUAAAUAAAAAAGACGAACGAACAUGA